AUGGUCCAUUCGCAUCAGGGAGUUAAAAGAUACAGGAAGACAUGGGGUGUCAUGGAAAAACUUGGUCUUGGUCCAGAGGUCCUUCUGCAGGAGAAUCCCAGACUCAUCUAUGCUAGACUUACUGGAUUUGGCCAGACAGGAAAAUAUGCCAAGUCUGCAGGUCAUGACAUCAAUUAUUUGGCUUUAUCAGGUGUGCUGUCAAAGCUGGGUAGAAAAGAUGAAAAUCCUUACGCACCUGUGAAUCUUUUGGCUGAUUUUGCUGGUGGAGGUGUCAUGUGUGCCCUGGGCAUUGUUAUAGCCCUUUAUGAACGUGGCAGAUCUGGCAGAGGGCAGGUCAUUGAUGCAAGUAUGGUAGAAGGACUGGCAUACCUAAGUUCUUUCCUGUGGAAAUCACAAAAUUUGGGUCUUUGGAACAGACCUCGAGGUGAAAAUCUGCUAGAUAGCGGUGCACCUUUUUAUGAAGUCUACAGGACCUCUGAUGGAAAAUUCAUGGCUGUUGGUGCCCUUGAGCCUCAAUUCUAUGAGCAGCUAAUAAAUGGUCUUGGGCUACAUUCACAUGAACUUCCCGCUCAGAUGAGCUUCUCCAACUGGCCUGAAGUGAAGAAAAAAUUUGCAUCCAUAUUUGCACAGAAGACACAAGCUGAGUGGUGCAGCAUAUUUGAUGGUACUGAUGCCUGUGUGACCCCUGUUCUAUCCCUUGAUGACGUUGCCUCACAUCAGCAUAACAAACAAAGAAGCUCUUUUAUCAAAAAUGAUCAGGGAGAGAUAAGUCCUAGACCUGCUCCUCUUCUAUCAAGGACUCCUGCUGUUCCAUCAUGUAAAAGAGAUCCUUUUAUAGGAGAACACACGGACGAGAUACUUCGAGAAUAUGGAUUUACGAAGCAAGAGAUUGCUAAACUUCAUGCUGAUAAAAUAAUAGAAUUCAGUAAACCAAAAGCUAAUUUAUAAUCUCAGACUAUGCAUAUCAGACAAAUUUCAGGCUGAUGCAGUAAGUUUUUAUGAGUUAAAAUUGAAUUAUGUGACAAAUAUUUGC